AUUCUGCUGUCCCCCACCCCGGCUCCAGCUUAGAAGUGAUAAACACUCAGAGGACUUGGGUCGGGCAGUGGGGAGUUACGGGGUACAAAGAGGGCCCCGGGGUGGGGCUGCCCAACCCUGAGCACUGGAGAUCAGGGAACAGGAGGCACAGCUGACACACUGGUGACCUUUUCCCUACAUUCGGCUAUUUUUAGCUCUAAUGCCACCAUCCUCACGUGAGACCCGUUGGGCGCCCCAGGCUCUCAGACCUUUGAGCCAUCUUCAUCUUGCAGAAACCCGGCUCCCCCCCACUCCUGAUUCUCGCCUCGGAGCCGGGGAGAUUCUGGUUGCCAAUCCCUAACUGUUCUCUCAACCCAAAUUUGGGAGUGGGUGUCAGGUUCCCGGUGAGGGCGGGACUUAGGUGGCCAGGCCUGAAGGACGUGGGGACACAGGCCACAGUGACUGUCCCCACAAGCGGACAGGAGCACACCCGAGCCGUGAGUGGAGUUGGGGGUGGCUCUGGGCUGCCGGCCUGGCCCAGGGCUCUGAGCCGGCAAGUGGGGCGGGGGAGGGGGGUUGAGGCUGGUGCCAGGGUCCCACGUGGCAGCGCUGGGGGUACGCAGACCCCGCCUCACUCCAGACCAGACCGACUCCGCUUCCGGGGCCCCUCUAGCCCCCACCCCGAGGCCGCCCUACACUGUCCUCGGGAUUCCUGACGUUUUCAAGGCCCUGACCCCCUUGCGACCCCCGCACCAUCGCACGAAGGUUCUGCGGCGGUUGGCGAGGCUGGGGGUCCAGGGGUGGGGCCUCGGCGCUGCGGGUGGCCGACCCAGGGCGGAAGGGGAGGGAGGCGGGCUGGGGGCGCGGCCAGUGCCCGGGGGCGGGGCCUCGACGCGGGCGGCCGUGCUGCCCGCCCACCCUCCUGCCACCUCCCAGGUGCCCAGCAACUCCCAGGUGCCCAGCAACCCACAGGAUGGCGGAAGCGCACCAGGCUGUGGCCUUCCAGUUCACGGUGACGCCAGAGGGGGUCGACUUCCGGCUCAGUCGGGAGGCCCUAAAACACAUCUACCUGUCCGGCAUAAACUCCUGGAAGAAACGCCUGAUUCGCAUCAAGAAUGGCAUCCUCAGGGGUGUGUACCCUGGCAGCCCCACCAGCUGGCUGUUCGUCGUCAUGACGACACUGGGUUCCUCCUACUGCAACGUGGACAUCUCCAUGGGGCUGGUCUGUUUUAUCCAGAGAUGGCUUCCUGAGGGAUGUGGCCCCUACCGGAGCCCACAGACACGGACACUUCUCAGCAUGGCCAUCUUCUCCACGGGGGUCUGGAUGACGGGCAUCCUCUUCUUCCGCCAAACCCUGAAACUGCUGCUUUCCUACCACGGUUGGCUGUUCGAGAUGCACGGCCAGAUCAGCCACUUCACCAGAGUCUGGGCUAUGUGUGUCCGCCUUCUGUCCGGCCAGCGGCCCAUGCUCUACAGCUUCCAGACAUCUCUGCCCAAGUUGCCCGUGCCCAGCGUGUCAGCCACGAUUCAUCGGUACCUAGAAUCCGUGCAACACUUAUUGGAUGACGAGGAAUAUUACCGAAUGGAGACGCUGGCCAAGGAAUUCCAGGAGAAGACUGCCCCCAGGCUGCAGAAGUACCUGGUACUCAAGUCAUGGUGGGCAGCCAAUUAUCUCCAACCUCCCACCCACCCGCAGGUGAGCGACUGGUGGGAAGAGUAUGUCUACCUUCGAGGCAGGACUCCCCUCAUGGUGAACAGCAACUAUUAUGUCAUGGACUUAGUGCUCGUCAAGAACACAGACGUGCAGGCAGCCCGCCUGGGAAACAUUGUCCACGCCAUGAUCAUGUAUCGCCGUAAACUUGACCGUGAAGAGAUCAAGCCUGUGAUGGCGCUGGGCAUCGUGCCCAUGUGCUCCUACCAGAUGGAGAGGAUGUUCAACACCACCCGGAUCCCAGGGAAGGACACAGACGUGCUGCAGCACCUCACAGACAGCAGGCACGUAGCCGUCUACCACAAGGGCCGUUUCUUCAAGUUGUGGCUCUAUGAGGGCUCCCGCCUGCUCAAGCCUCGGGACCUGGAGAUGCAGUUCCAGAGGAUCCUGGAUGACCCCUCCCCACCCCAGCCUGGGGAGGAGAGACUGGCGGCCCUCACCGCAGGGGGAAGAGUGGAGUGGGCUCAGGUACGCCAGGCCUUCUUCAGCUCCGGCAAGAACAAGGCUGCCCUGGAUGCCAUCGAGCGCGCUGCUUUCUUUGUGGCUCUGGAUGAGGAGUCUCACCGCUAUGACCCCGAAGACGAGGCCAGCCUCAGCCUCUACGGCAAGGCCUUGCUGCACGGCAGCUGCUACAACAGGUGGUUCGACAAGUCCUUCACUCUCAUCGCUUUCAAGAACGGCCAGCUGGGCCUCAACACAGAACACGCGUGGGCAGACGCCCCUAUCAUAGGGCACCUCUGGGAGUUUGUCCUGGGCACCGACAGCUUCGACCUGGGCUACUCGGAGACUGGGCAUUGUCUGGGCACACCCAACCCUGUGCUGGCCCCCCCUCAGCGGCUGCAGUGGGACAUUCCUGAGCAGUGCCAGGCAGUCAUCGAGAGCUCCUACCAGGUGGCCAAGGCGCUGGCUGACGACGUGGAAUUGUACUGCUUCCAGUUCUUGCCCUUUGGCAAAGGCCUCAUCAAGAAGUGCCGGACCAGCCCUGACGCCUUCGUGCAGAUCGCCCUGCAGCUGGCAUACUUCCGGGACAGAGGCAAGUUCUGCCUGACCUAUGAAGCCUCGAUGACUAGGAUGUUCCGGGAGGGACGGACAGAGACCGUACGUUCCUGCACCUGCGAGUCCACAGCCUUUGUUCAGGCCAUGGUGCAGGGGCGCCACCUGAAAGCAAACCUCCAAGAUCUGUUCCGGAAAGCGGCUGAGAAGCACCAGAAUGCGUGCCGCCUGGCCAUGACAGGGGCUGGCAUUGACAGGCACCUCUUCUGCCUUUACGUGGUUUCCAAGUUCCUGGGGGUCAGCUCCCCUUUCCUGGCUGAGGUGCUCUCAGAACCCUGGCGCCUCUCCACCAGCCAAACUGCUCAAUUCCAGAUCCGCAUGUUUGACCCAAACAAGUACCCCAAUCACCUGGGUGCUGGCGGUGGCUUUGGCCCUGUAGCUAAUGAUGGCUACGGGGUUUCCUACAUGAUCGCGGGUGAGAACACCAUCUUCUUCCACGUCUCCAGCAAGUUCUCAAGCUCAGAGACAAAUGCCCAGCGCUUUGGGAACCACAUCCGCCAAGCUCUGCUGGACAUCGCUGAUCUUUUCCAAGUUCCCAAGGCUGACAGCUGAGGGCUGGAGAAAUGCCAGCUGCCCUUCUGUCCCCACAUUGUGGAGGAAGGGGCCUGUGGUCCGCUUGCAGGCACAGCGGUGGCCGUGCACAGGUGCCCAGGCUCCAAGGACACCUCUGGAAGCAGGUGCUCCCUGGGCAGACGCUGCUCCCUGAGGGCUCAAGUGGUGGAGGUAGCGCUGGAGCAAGAAGGGAAUCUUCUUUUUGUUUUUUUCUUGCUAGAUGUUAAUAAAAAUAAAGCUGUAUAAUUCUA